AUGGCACGUUAUUAUUGUGAAUAUUGUCACUCGUACCUUACACACGACACGUUGAGUGUGAGGAAGUCUCAUCUGAUAGGGAAGAACCAUUUGCGUAUAACAGCUGAUUAUUAUCGUAAUAAGAAUGUUAACAAUAAAGUGAAAGUGAAAUCUCAUAAGAAAAAAGCCCCAAAGAAUACCUCUGAGGGAAGAGGGGAAAAGAAACUGAAAGUGAAGUGUGUUUCCAAUAAGGAAAAGAAGAAGAAUGAGAAAUUGAAGAAAAUUUUCCAGAAGGAAUUGCAGACUAGUGACAUUUCAUCAUCAAUUUUGUCUAAAGUAUAUGAGGGUUCACCUGGAUAUUCGAAAAUAUUUAUUGAUUCGAAUCGAUUGGACAUUGGUGAUUCUGUUAAAUUAAACAAGUUACCUCAGAGAGCCAAUGACCGAAGUGGUGGCAGGUAUGGACACCAGCAAGAUCAUGAGAGGAGUAAAAGCGGGAGAACGAGAUAUGAAACUUUUGAUCUGGCGGAAUACUAUUCCAACAGGGCUACAAGGAAACCCUUGGAACCUCCAAAGAUACUAAGUGCCUGGAGUGGUACGGUGCCCAAGACGUCGAUAUAUCAUGAGAAGACAGCCAAUUCGUUGUUGCAACAUACGAUCAACGAAUCUAAGAGACGUAUAAUGAGUAACAGUAGUGUUUCGGGGAAGACAGCUGAAUCUAUGCAUCCACCAGUCAAGAGAAGAAGAUAUGGUAAUUGA